AUGGCUUCCAAAAAGAAGUGGGCCGAGCGGCGGGAACUGCGCAGAGAGCGGGCAUUCUCCAUCAGGGACGACGCCUCUGUCAUAUCCGGGACAUCUGGGCCAGGACGUCCAACCACUAGGGGGCGUUUCUCAGAGUCAUGGAAGAGGCUCAGUUCCAGAGGGGGUUCCACCAAGAGGGGGGUGCUCAACUCUCAGCAGCCACCGGCACAGAAAUCGUGGAUAGAGAGAGCGUUCAGCAAGAGAGAAUGUGUUCAUAUCAUAGUGAGCGCCAAAGACCCCCAUAGGUGCUGUUGUGGUCGACUGAUUGGUCAGCAUGUGGGCCUGCCCCCGGGCAUCUCAUCCAGUCAAAAUGACAAGACCGAGCGCUUGGCCAAGAACGACAGCCUGUCGGAGAAAUGGUCCAUCAGCAAACACACACAGCUCAGCCCCACUGAUGCCUUCGGUACCAUCGAGUUCCAGGGAGGUGGACACUCCAACAAAGCCAUGUAUGUGCGUGUGUCUUACGAUACCAAACCUGAUCUGCUGCUCCACCUGAUGACCAAGGAGUGGCAGCUGGAGCUCCCCAAGCUUCUAAUCUCAGUGCACGGGGGCCUGCAGAACUUUGAACUACAACCAAAACUGAAACAAGUUUUCGGCAAGGGGCUCAUCAAGGCCGCCAUGACCACCGGAGCUUGGAUCUUCACCGGCGGUGUCAACACAGGAGUUAUCCGCCAUGUGGGCGAUGCUUUGAAAGACCAUGCCUCAAAGUCAAGAGGGAAGAUCUGUACCAUUGGAAUUGCCCCAUGGGGCAUUGUAGAAAAUCAAGAAGAUUUGGUGGGCAAAGAUGUGGUGCGUCCAUACCAGACAAUGUCGAACCCUCUGAGCAAGCUGACGGUAUUGAACAGUCUCCACUCCCACUUCAUUCUAGCGGACAACGGCACCACGGGGAAGUAUGGUGCGGAGGUCAAACUGCGGCGCCAGUUGGAGAAGCAUAUCUCCCUGCAGAAGAUCAAUACACGUAUCGGUCAGGGCGUGCCCGUGGUGGCUCUGAUAGUGGAAGGCGGUCCUAACGUGAUUUCUAUCGUGCUGGAGUACCUGCGGGACACCCCGCCGGUUCCUGUGGUGGUGUGCGACGGCAGCGGCAGAGCCUCGGACAUCCUGGCAUUCGGACACAAGUACUCGGAGGAGGGAGGAAUAAUCAACGAGUCUUUGAGAGACCAGCUGCUGGUGACCAUCCAGAAGACAUUCACCUAUAGCCGCACACAGGCCCAGCACCUCUUCAUCAUCCUCAUGGAGUGCAUGAAGAAGAAGGAGCUGAUAACAGUUUUCCGGAUGGGGUCAGAGGGCCACCAAGACAUUGACCUUGCCAUCCUCACUGCACUACUUAAAGGUGCUAAUGCAUCGGCUCCUGACCAGCUGAGUCUAGCUCUGGCCUGGAACAGAGUGGACAUUGCCCGCAGUCAGAUCUUCAUCUACGGACAGCAGUGGCCUGUGGGUUCCUUGGAGCAGUCGAUGCUGGAUGCGUUAGUUCUGGACAGAGUGGACUUUGUCAAGCUACUCAUAGAAAAUGGAGUCAGUAUGCACCGUUUCCUCACACUCUCUAGGCUGGAGGAGCUCUACAACACGAGACACGGACCAUCCAACACGUUGUACCACCUUGUCAGAGACGUCAAAAAGCGAGAAUAUCCAGGUUUCAGUUGGAUCUACUUCAAGGGGAACUUGCCUCCGGACUACCGCAUUAGCCUCAUUGACAUUGGACUGGUCAUCGAAUACCUUAUGGGAGGUGCAUACCGGUGUAACUACACCCGGAAGAGAUUCAGAACGCUGUACCACAACCUCUUUGGACCCAAGAGACCCAAAGCCCUGAAGCUGCUUGGGAUGGAGGAUGACAUGCCGAUCCGCAGAGGUCGUCAAAAGACAACCCGUAAACGAGAGGAGGAGGUGGACAUUGAUUUGGAUGACCCAGAGAUCAACCACUUCCCCUUCCCAUUUCAUGAGCUGAUGGUGUGGGCCGUUUUGAUGAAACGACAGAAGAUGGCGCUGUUCUUUUGGCAGCAUGGUGAAGAGGCCAUGGCCAAGGCCCUCGUAGCCUGCAAGCUUUGCAAGGCCAUGGCCCAUGAAGCCUCUGAGAAUGACAUGGUGGAUGACAUCUCACAGGAACUCAACCACAACUCCAGAGAGUUUGGCCAGCUUGCAGUGGAGCUCCUAGACCAGUCCUAUAAACAGGAUGAACAGAUGGCCAUGAAGCUGUUGACAUACGAACUGAAGAACUGGAGCAAUGCUACCUGUCUGCAGCUGGCAGUAGCCGCCAAACACAGAGACUUCAUUGCUCAUACCUGCAGUCAGAUGCUGCUGACUGACAUGUGGAUGGGACGCCUGCGUAUGCGCAAAAACUCGGGUCUGAAGGUGAUCCUAGGCCUUCUUCUUCCUCCGUCCAUCCUGAGUUUGGAGUUCAAGAACAAGGAUGAGAUGUCCUACAUGCCCCAGGACCAGGAGGCCUACCUGCAGGAGAAGGAGGAGGAGGAGCCGGAGAAGCCUGUGAAGGAGAAAGAGGAGGAAGACAUGGAGUUCACAGUAAGAUCUUACUGUGAGACGCAGUACAACUCCGUGGCCAUGCUGGGUAAGGUUACUACGGAGACGAACAGGAAGAAGGAUGUUCAGGAGGUUCAGAACCGCCACCGGCUCAUCCCCAUGGGACGCAAGAUCUACGAGUUCUACAACGCCCCCAUAGUCAAGUUCUGGUUCCACACGAUGGCCUACGUUGGCUACCUGAUGCUGUUCAACUACAUUGUUCUGGUGAAGAUGGACCUGUGGCCUUCUCCUCAAGAGUGGAUUGUAAUUGCAUACAUCUUCACCAAUGGCAUUGAGAAGAUGAGAGAGAUCCUGAUGUCCGAGCCCGGCAAGUUGUUACAGAAGGUGAAGGUCUGGCUCCAGGAGUACUGGAACAUCACAGACCUCAUGGCCAUCCUCAUCUUUUCUGUUGGCAUGGUGCUCCGCCUCCAGGAUCCACCGCUCAUGAGCUAUGGGCGGGUCAUCUAUUGUGUCAACAUCAUCUAUUGGUACAUUCGGCUCCUGGACAUCUUUGGAGUCAACAAGUACUUGGGUCCCUAUGUUAUGAUGAUUGGCAAGAUGAUGAUCGACAUGAUGUAUUUUGUGAUCAUCAUGCUGGUGGUGCUGAUGAGUUUUGGGGUGGCACGGCAGGCCAUCCUCAACCCUAAUGAGGAUCCAUCCUGGAUGUUAGCGAGGAACAUCUUCUUUAUGCCCUACUGGAUGAUCUAUGGAGAGGUGUUUGCUGACCAGAUUGACCAUAUGCAUAGUAGGAAGUUACAGCACAGGCUGAAUGAAAAACUCUGGCUGGUUGAAAAUUACUUUCGAACACACGGAACCUGGCGUAAUAGCGGUCCAUCCCUCAUUGCCCAGUGCAAUCAAAAUCCCACUCCUUGUGGCCAGAACAUCACAACUGAGGAGGGGUCGGUGGUGGCCCUGCCCCCCUGUAAAACUGGUGCCUGGAUCGUCCCAGCCAUCAUGGCCUGCUACCUGCUGGUGGCCAACAUACUGCUGGUCAACCUGCUCAUAGCUGUCUUCAACAACACGUUCUUCGAAGUGAAGUCCAUCUCCAACCAGGUGUGGAAGUUCCAGCGCUACCAACUGAUCAUGACCUUCCACGAGCGGCCUGUUCUUCCUCCGCCCCUCAUUAUCUUCAGUCACAUGACGAUGGUCCUAAAGCACCUGUGCUGUCGCUGGCGCAAGCACGAUGACGACGAGAGAGACUAUGGGCUAAAGCUUUUCAUCACAGAAGAUGAGCUGAAGAAGGUUCAUGACUUUGAGGAGCAGUGUAUAGAAGAGUACUUCAGAGAGAAAGAUGACCGCUUCAACUCAUCCAAUGAUGAGAGGAUCAGAGUCACUUCAGAAAGGGUGGAGAACAUGGCCAUGCGUCUGGAGGAGGUCAAUGAGAGAGAACAUUUCAUGAAGGCUUCACUACAGACGGUCGACAUUCGUCUGGCCCAAAUGGAGGAGUUGAUCGGGCGGAUUGCUGUAGCGCUGGAACGUGUGACGGGUGUAGAGCGUGGCGAGGUCAACAAAGCUCGUUCCCGUACCUCGUCUGACUGUACUGACUCAGCUUACAUUCUCCGUCAGGGUGAGUGCCCCGACGCGGCAUACAUCCUUCGCCAGAGCAGCUUCAACAGCACUGAAGGGAAUUCCUACCGUCUACAGGAAGCACUAGAGGGAGGAGCAGAGGGCUCCAUGUCCCCUCCCUCCCCCACUAGCAUAGCUGCACGGACAAGGAGCCACUCCUUCUACGUUGGAGGGGGUCGUGGUGGUGAACGCACAAGUGGAGCUGAACGUGCUGAGAGCUUUUUCAAAGAGCGCUCGCUUAGUCUACACCGUGCCAAUAGCUCACAAUCAGUGGCCUCUGCUGCUGCCCCCAAGGAGUCUAAGCCCCUUCCUCUAGCAACGCUGUCGGUCUCCCAGCAGCACCGCCCAUCAUCAUGCAUUGACAUUUAUGUCUCAACUUCUGAGGAGGUGGGGCCUGCUGAUGUGUUCCUGGAUCCACUCCGCAUGGCUCCGCCCCUCAGGAGAGAAUCCUCCCUCCAUUCAGAGAUCAUGGAGGCGGUGCUGUCAGGAGGCCGGGACUUCAGCAGCGCUGCCGCCAGCGGUUUGGGCGACAGGCACUCGGAGGGUGGCGCAGGAAGCAGUGGAACAGCCGGAGCUAUGUUUGAGGAUAGCGCAGCAGCAGAUUUGUCCCUGUGCUCAGCCCACCUCCUACCGGACAACGCCCUUCCUUCCUGGGACAUGGAACCAUCUCCCCCACCUUCAGCAGGAGUGCUAGAGCGCUCUAAAAGUAGCCGCUACCUCUCCACAGUCGGGGUUGGUUUCCUGGACGAGCCUCCUUUAGUCAAAUCCCAUAGUCUCAUGUUCACACCGAGAGCCAGCUAUGGUGGGAUGGGGGCAGGAGUCCAGGUAAAAGCAGCUGAGUACACCAGCAUAACUGACUGCAUUGACACACGCUGUGUCUCAGCUCCUUACACUCCCGCGGAGCGCUCACAUUCCCCUGGAGGAUCCACCUCCUUUCCCUUUGACAAGGCGCCAGACAUUGGUUCCUCCCACCCAGAGAGGGAGGCCGAGCUUAGUCACACAGAGUCUGACCCAGAGGACCCUGAAGACCUAGUUUCAGCCUCUGAAACCCCUCGUCUAAGGGGCCUUGGAGGGCCUAGCGGGGCUCCUCUCUGCACCCCCCUUUCUAGGCUGGAGCGAGCAAACAGUUGCUCCUCAGAUGACUCCCAUCCUUCCCUUACCCUGGCCCCUCCACACAGGAAAAGCCUGUCAGUGAGUGAGAGGAUGGAAAGGGGACCAGGUCCAGGGGCAGAUAGAGGGCCUGGAGGCCGAGGUUUGGGGGCAGCUAGAAACCCCUUCCUCAGGAGCAAGUCAGGAGCACGGCCUGAAACAGCCAAGACUGAUAACCUCUCCAUGAGGAAGUUGGCUACUCCAUCAGCAUUUCGCAGCUUUGACAGGCAAAACUAUACGUGA